AUGACCGAGUAUGAUGGAAAAGUAGAGAGCAAUGUUUCUCUUCGAGGACGACGAGGGGCACAUAGGAGAGAUGACAAUGAUCUAAUUCGUUCUAUGAAAUUUCAAAUCCCACCUUUCUACGGGAAAUAUGAUUCAGAAACAUAUCUUGAUUGGGAGCGGAAGAUUGAGCUGAUCUUUGAUUGGCAAGAUUUGGAUGGUCCACAAAAAGUCCGAGCUGCGGUCUCCGAGUUCAAAGAUUAUGCCAUUCAUUGGUGGGACAAUAUUUGCCUCAAUCGAAAGCGAGGUGGAGCACCGAUGAGUCAAACAUGGGAGGAGUUGACACUUGUCAUGCGAGCUAAAUUUGUGACGAGUUCGUAUACGCAAGAAUUGCAUGUUCGACUGCAAUCGAUGAAGCAAGGAAAUAGGACAGUCGAUGAGUUCUACAAGGAUUUGGAGGUGACUUUAUUGCGGGCUGAUGUUCGAGAGAGUCAACAAGCCACGGUAGCGAGGAUCUUGACGGGGUUGAAUCGAGACAUUGCUGACAAAGUGGGAUUGUAUCGUUUUGAUGAUAUUGAUGAAUUGGUGGAACGUGCUAUUACUAUUGAGAAGCAAUUGAAGCGGAAGGGCAAACAGAAAACAUUUGGUACGAAGCCCUUCAUACCUAAUUAUACCAAGAAGGAUAACAAAACCCAAGUGGCCCAAGGGUUCGGUAAAGGAAAAGGUAUUAUCAAUGAUGACACGCCACGGAACAAGCAUGUUGGAGCUGAUCCGGAGAAGCCGAGGAAUCAAGAUAUCAUUUGCUUUAAGUGUCAAGGUCGAGGCCACAUUGCAAGUCAAUGCCCAAACAAAAAAACGAUGAUCCUCAAUAAGUUUGGGGAAUACGAAACAAAAUCUGAAAAUGAGGAGGGGGUUGAUCAAAGAGUAAAUGAGGAAAAUAACACGGAUGAUGACUCUGAUUCUGGUGUUGGUUUGAGUUUGGUUACCUUACGAGCCUUAAGCACUAUGUCAAGGACCUUUGAUGAGGAACAACGAGAAAAUCUCUUUCAAACUCGUUGCAUAAUUGGAGGCAAAUGGAUUAGCAAUUGCGGAGAGUUGAAUGUGAACAAGCAGGUGACGGUUCCUAUCAAGAUAAAAAAUUAUGAGGAUGAAGUCAAAGAGCUAAUGGAACUCCGUUCCAAUGGUUCUUCUCUUUUGCAGAAAUAUCAAGAUGUGUUUCCUGAUGAAGUAACCGGAGGAUUACCACCUAUUCAGGGCAUUGAGCAUCAGAUGGAUCUCAUUCCGGGUGCAUCAAUCCCAAAUCAUCCAGCUUACAAGGCAAGUCCAGAGGAAGUCAAGGAAAUACUUAAGCAAGUGGAUGAGUUGCUUGACAAAGGCUGGAUUCGCGAAAGCCUAAGCCCUUAUGCUGUACCGGUUCUUCUUGUCCCAAAAAAGGAUGGUGGAUGGAGGAUGUGCAUCGAUUGUCAAGCCGUAAAUGCCAUAACGAUUAGAAUGCGGGAAGGUGACGAAUGGAAAACUCCAUUUAAAACUACAUUCGGCUUAUAUGAGUGGUUAGUCAUGCCUUUUGGCCUUACGAAUGCUCCAAGGAAGUUUGUUAUGGUUUACUUUGAUGAUAUUCUCAUUUAUAGUAAAUCAAUGGAAGAACAUGUAGAACAUAUUCAUAGUGUUUUGGAAGUGUUAAGAGUUGAAAAGCUUUAUGCUAACCCGAAGAAGUGCGACUUUUGUGUCGACAAAUGUAUUUUUCUUGGUUUUGUUGUAGGUGCUGAAGGGAUAAGUGUGGAUGAAGCUAAAACACAAGCUAUUCGGGAUUGGGCAAUGAUGACUCCAAAUGUGAGCAUAUUCUUAGCUUGA